UUUCAUUCUUCUUCUUCUCCUUGUUGGGGUUGGGGAUUCAAACUUUUGGGAGAAGAAUUUCAUUCUUCUCUACGUACGAACAGCGGCAAGUUUUCUGUUCCGGGAAGCGUUUUAAGGUUUUCCGGCAACAUGGCCGUUGUUCGUCGCAUUCCAACGUUCCUCUUCUCCUUCUCAUUCUGCCUGAUUCUUCAAUCCCUACCCCUUUCCAUCUCCAUCGGAGAUGACGAGGUUCUCAUUGAGUUCAAGGAAUCAUUGCACAACGCCAAAGGCCUCGAUUAUACCUGGGUAAAGGGCAAAAGCCCCUGCGACAAGACGCGCCGAUGGUUCGGCGUGCAAUGCCACCGAAACACCGUUACAGGGCUCCGUCUUUACAAUAUGGGCCUGGCAGGGGACAUUGACGUUGAUGCAUUGUCGAAUCUUCAAGGUCUCAGGAUGAUAGCCAUGGCGAACAACAGCUUUUCAGGGCCCAUCCCUGAUUUCAACAAGCUGAGGAGUUUGAGGUCGCUUUUCAUCCAAGGGAACAAGUUUUCCGGGGAGAUCUCGGCAGAUUACUUCAAAAAGAUGUAUGGGUUGAGGAAACUUUGGCUUUCCGGCAACGGGUUUUCCGGGAAAAUCCCGGCCUCGUUGGGGAAAUUGCCACGCCUGAUGGAACUCCAUUUGGAAGGGAAUGGAUUCUCCAGUGUUAUACCCCCUCUGGCGCAAGAAUCCCUGAGGAAUCUUGAUUUGUCAGGGAAUAAAUUGCAGGGGGAAAUCCCAUCAGGCAUGGCGAGAUUCGGGGCCAAGGCAUUCCAGGGAAACCCUGAGCUCUGUGGGGAGCCCGUGGGGAGACAAUGCCGAUCGGAUUUACAUGAAAACGGAGUCGCCGCCGGAGCACAUCCUAACGCCCAGCUCAACAAAUCAGGCAUGAGAUGGCUACUUUUAUCCAUAGUAGUCGCCCUUCUCUUGGUGGGAAUCCUUUUCAACAAGAACCAGAACGAAGGCAACGUUAAAACCAGGAGAAAAGAGAAACUUGACGAGGUUGUUGUCCCUGUCCACAUUCCCAGAAUGGCCAAGAGAGAAUCCAUUAAUAACCGUUCAUCCAGGAGAAGCGGCACCCCCACUACCCCGGGCACAUCAUCAGGAGGGGAUUUUGUGGUGGUGAACGAGGAAAGGGGCGUGUUUGGGCUGUCAGAUUUGAUGAUGGCGGCUGCUGAGGUCCUGGGCAAUGGAGGGCUGGGAUCGGCUUACAAGGCGGAGAUGCCCAUUGGACUCACCGUGAUGGUUAAGAGGCUGAAAGAGACGAAUAAUAGAAUGAACAAAGAUGCAUUUGAUGCAGAGAUCAUAAAGAUGGGAAAUUUACGGCACCCCAACAUCUUGCCACCUUUGGCUUACCAUUACAGAAAAGAGGAAAAGUUGGUGGUUUCUGAAUUUGUCCCCAAUGGCAGCCUCUUGUACCUUUUGCAUGGUGAUCGCGGGGCGGCUCACAAUGAUCUAAACGCGGCGACACGGAUAAAGAUCAUCCAGGGAGUCGCGAGUGGAAUGGAGUAUCUCCACACGGAGUUUGCAACCUACGAGCUACCACACGGCAACCUUAAAUCCAGCAACAUUCUUCUCGCGCCAACCUACGACCCACUUCUCACGGACUACGCCUUCCAUCCGCUGCUGAACGGCACGCCGACGCUGCACUUCAUGUUCGCUCUCAAGGCUCCGGAGGGGCUGCAAAUCUCGCACAAGAGCGACGUGUAUUGCCUGGGAAUCCUCGUUCUUGAAAUGGUGACGGGGAAGUUCCCGUCGCAGUACCUGAACAACCAGAAAGGCGGGACGGAUGUGGUGCAGUGGGUCCGGCACGCGGUGGCGGACGGCAAAGAAACGGAAGUGAUUGAUCCGGAGAUUGCCGCCGCGGAUUCGAAUGGACAGAUGGUGAAGCUUCUGCAGAUUGGGGUGGCGUGCACGGAGAGUGAUGUUGAGAAGCGGCUUAGCAUGAAGGAGGCCAUCGAGGGAAUACGAGAUAUCCAAGAUUAAGGAAUCCCCAGAGUUAAUGCCGUAUGUGAUCAUUCGUUCGAGUAUACUGAUUUUAACACGUUUAGUCCUAAAUACCAUGAUUAUUGGUUCAAGUUAAUCCGCCAGAUCCUUAAACAUUAUUCAAAAUUUAACCAGUCGUGGUCAUUUUCAAAAGACCAUACUGGUUAAUAGUUGAAGGAUCAUGAAUUGAUAGUUAACUUGGAGAUGAAAGUGAAGGGACUACAAAUAAUCAAUUCGAAAGUUUAAGACUAAAUAUAACAAAAUCACUAUACUCGGAAGCUCUCAUAUGGUAUAAACUCAGAAUUCCAAUCAUGAAUGGAGACGCCCAGAUGAGAUGAUGAGGAUCGGAGACUCUGUAGGAGAGAGAGAUCGAGGCAAUUCCAGGCCCGCAUUCAAGCUGUUGCAGCUAGCUAGCUAUGGAGAUCUUGAAGUUUUUGAUGAUGAAUUGCCAUUCCCAGAUAUGAGAGAGCCCGCGGAAUGAAUUGAAGAUUUAAGGACAAAAACGGAGAAGUGUUGAGACUUGAGAACCCAAGCCUGCUCACAUCGAAUUGAAGAAACAUGCAUAUAUGCAUCCAUGAAGCCAUGUGAAGGAUUAUUUCAUAAUCAAAUUAUCAAAGAAAGUAGAUCAGUAUCUUUUGUUGGCUACUUUGGUGUUGAUUUUUGUACAAUAUUGUUGUGAGUUCUCAAAACUAAGGCUGAUAUAUAUAUAUAAAAAUCAAGUCUCCUCCAAUUUUUUUGGGGAUCAAUUACCAUA